CACAUAAACCAACCAAACAAACACAAUCCAUUCAACACAACAAUGUCAUUCUCGAGAAGGUUAAGCUCUUCUCUCUCUCCUUCCAUUCCCAAAUUUCCUCCUUUUCUUCCAAAUCCCACUUUCCUUCCUUGCUUUCAUUCUCAGCCUUCAUCCAUUGAUAAUAUUGUUGUUGAUGCUGUUUGUCAGUUCAAUAGCAUGCUCCUUGUGCGUGAUACCCCACCCAUCAUGGAAUUUAACAAGAUUGUGGGAUCUCUUGUAAAGAUGAAGCACUAUCCCACUGCCAUUUCUCUUUUUAAACAAAUGCAAGUCAAAGGAAUCGAGCCAGAUCUUUUUACUUUGAACAUCCUCAUCAAUUGUUUCUGCCACUUGGGCCAAAUGACCUUUUCUUUUACUGUAUUGGGCAAAAUUCUAAAAUUAGGUUAUCAGCCGAAUACCAUAACCUUGAAUACACUCAUGAAAGGUCUGUGUCUCAAGGGUGAGGUCAAGAAAUCACUGCACUUUCAUGACAAGGUCGUAGCACAAGGAUUUCAGAUGGACCAGGUUAGUUACGCAACCCUGCUCAAUGGACUAUGUAAAAUAGGAGAAACGAGAAGUGCCCUCAAGUUGCUGAGAAUGAUUGAAGACAGAUCAACUAGGCCUAAUGUGGUAAUGUACAACACCAUCAUUGAUGGCUUAUGCAAAGAUAAACUUGUAAACGAGGCAUAUGAUUUAUAUUCUGAAAUGGAUGCCAGAGGAAUUUUUCCUAAUGUUAUCACUUACAGUACUCUAAUCUAUGGCUUUUGCCUUGCGGGUCAGUUAAUGGAAGCAUUUGGUUUAUUAAAUGAAAUGAUAUUGAAGAACAUCAACCCGAAUGUCUAUACCUAUACUAUAUUGAUGGAUGCAUUAUGUAAAGAAGGAAAGGUGAAAGAAGCCAAAAAUUUAUUAGCUGUGAUGACGAAAGAAGGAGUAAAACCUAAUGUUGUUUCUUAUAAUACUUUAAUGGAUGGGUAUUGUUUAAUUGGUGAAGUGCAGAAUGCAAAACAAAUGUUUCACACUAUGGUCCAAAAGGGAGUAAAUCCUAAUGUUUACAGCUACAAUAUAAUGAUUGAUAGAUUAUGUAAGAGUAAAAGGGUGGAUGAGGCCAUGAAUCUCCUAAGAGAAGUGUUGCAUAAAAACAUGGUUCCUAAUACAGUGACCUACAGUUCUCUUAUUGAUGGUUUCUGCAAAUUAGGGAGAAUUACUUCUGCUUUGGAUCUUUUGAAGGAGAUGUACCACAGAGGUCAACCAGCUGAUGUAGUCACCUACACUUCCUUAUUAGAUGCUUUAUGCAAAAACCAAAACCUUGACAAGGCAACUGCACUAUUCAUGAAAAUGAAGGAGCGGGGAAUUCAGCCAAAUAAGUACACAUACACGGCACUUAUUGAUGGAUUAUGUAAAGGUGGAAGACAUAAGAAUGCACAAAAACUUUUUCAACAUCUCUUGGUUAAAGGCUGUCGUAUAAAUGUCUGGACAUAUAAUGUCAUGAUCAGUGGGCUUUGUAAAGAGGGCAUGCUUGAUGAAGCAUUGGCCAUGAAGUCAAAAAUGGAAGAGAAUGGUUGCAUCCCCGAUGCUGUAACUUUUGAAAUUAUUAUUCGUUCUCUGUUUGAGAAGGAUCAAAAUGAUAAGGCUGAGAAACUUCUGCAUGAAAUGAUUGCUAAAGACCUAUUACGUUUUAGGGAUUUUCAUGGUGAGCGAUCUCCAGUUACAAAUAAGUUAUUGUGAAUUUUCAUGAAAUGGAAGAUUUAAAACCUACAGCAUAUUUGUUUGCAUCAUCUAAGUUGUCUUAGGUUUUAAGGUUGCUGAUGGUUUCCUCCAGAUCAUGGGUUAUAAAUUAAUGGGAGCUUCUUGAAAGGACAGAACUUAUUCUGGUAGUACUGAUCAGGAUUGUGCGUUCCGGAGAGUAAUUUGUUGCUGCUGGUUUCCUGUACUUUUUAUUUGAGAAGAAUGAGAAUGAUAAGGCCGAGAAACUUCUGCAUGAAAUGAUUGCUAAAGGCCUGUUGUAGUAAGAAUAAACCUAGGGAAGAUGCUUUCCAACUAGAAUUUAAGUUAUUGUGCAUUUUGAUGGCAACCUACCAAUUUUUACUCUCUAUCACAUUUCAUUUGAUUAAAAGUCAUGCACUGUUUCUUUUAUUUUGAUAUUCUACUUGUACCAGUAACUUUCAUUGAUUUUUUUAUGGAUUGUACAGUUUUUCUUUCUAC